UCAGAUCAUGCAGCCAGCUGAGACAUGGUCUUUGUUUGAGGCUUCCCAGAAUGCAACUUUAAUGGAUGGACUUUGCCUUGUCACUGAGUCAUCAGAGGAUGUGACCCCUGUAGCAAUUUCUGUGACUAAUGGUCCAGAUCGAUCACGCGGUGUCUUGGAGGUGUCAGACCGGAUGUUUUGUUCUGCCUGCUUGAAAUCCUUUGACAGUCGAGAGGAGCAGACCGAGCAUUAUCGCCUUGAUUGGCAUCGCUUUAACCUAAAGCAGCGACUGCUGGGACACCGGAUGCUCACGGCUGAAGAAUUUGAGGCAAAGACUCAAGCAGGUGAUGUCUCUAGCAUUUCGGGUUCCGAUUCCAGCGAUCCUGACUCAGACAGCGAGCCUGACUCCCUGUCUUGCCAAGGCAGAAGGAGCAGCUCUCCGAGGACGUCACCUUAUCCACGUUCUCAGCGAGUCCUGUUCAGAAAUUCCCAAGGCCAGCUCCUCUCAGUCUACCGUUGUGUACUGAACACUACGAAGGACAGUGUGGGAGAACCCGGAGAGCUCGUGGCUUCCCUUCAGAGACAAAGCCCAGGCACUUCCUGGGUUAUCCUGAUGGCUGGUGGGGGACACUUUGCAGCGGCUGUCUUUAAGGGGAAUGAAGUAUUGGUGCACAAGACUUUCCACAGGUACACAGUGCGAGCCCGCCGAGGUACAGCCCAAGGGGUGCAGGAUGCUCAGGGAUCUAUGCCAAAAUCUGCUGGGGCUUCCCUACGGCGCCACAAUGAGUCUGCCUUGCUUAAGGACAUUCAGGAGCUGUUGGCCAGCUGGGCAGGGCAUUUACAAGACACAGAGUGCAUCUUCCUCCGUGCCCCUCGCGCCAACCGAGCCCGCUUCUUUGGCAGUAGAAAUGGCCCUCUUCAGCAAAAUGAUCCCCGAAUCCGAGGCAUUCCUUUCAGCACCCGGAGAGCUACCUUCCAUGAGGUGCAGCGGGUGCACAAAGCUCUGAGCAGUCUGCAAGUGUAUGGAAAGGACACAGCCGUGGAAGAUCUUAUCGGCUCUGCUCGCAAGACCUGGAGAAAAAUAGUUGAUCGGGAAGAACCAUCUCCACAACGUCAAGCUUCCCCCACAAGGUCAGAAGACGACAAAGAAAAAGAAGGGGAAGAAAGUCCAUCAUAUCAGUUGGAGUUUGCAGAGGUUACGCUGAGUACUUUGGACUUGCGUGAAUUUGAAAUGGCACCAAAACGGAAUCGGAAGACGAGAAGGAAAAAAACAAAAGCCCUGACAGAGUCCUGCGGGGGUGCUGAAGUGUCUAAGACCUUAUUGUUGAACAGAGAGGAGUCAACUGAAUCCCAGGAAUGUUUGGAGCCUCAGGGAGCUCCCAGCAUACCCGUGGAGGAUGUCUUGUUCACAGCCUGCAAGAUGGGAGACCUGAAGACGCUGCAGCACCUUUUGGGGAUGGCUGAUGGGGGAGCACAGGAGGGAGAAGAGUGUUGCAGCAGCAACCUGUACCGUUGGCUCAGUACACCCCUGGAUGAGAACGGCUGGACCCUUUUGCAUGUGGCGGCAGCAGCGGGGAGGAGUGCUGUCGUGCGUUUGCUGUUACAGGCUGGGGCUGACCCUGCUGUCAGAGACAAGCAAGAACGGCCACCAUAUUGCGUGUCUGCUGACAAGCAAACUCGUAAUGAGUUCCGUAGAUUCAUGGGCGAGCAACCUGAAAAGUAUGAUUACAUCCAAGCCCAGGUGCCUGGACCGCUAACAGCUCAGAUGGAAGCCAAGCAGGCUGAGCGUCGCCGAGCACACAAGGCCCAACGGAAACAGCGUGAGAAAGAAGAACGAGAGUCACAGCUGCUGCUGAAGCAAGAGGAGGAUGAAAAAAGGCGCUUUGUCCUGUUGAGUGACCGUGAAAAGCGAGCUCUGGCAGCGGAGAGGAGACUUGCUGCCCAGUUAAAAGACUCCACUGCGACUAUGACCAAUACCAGACGCUGCUGGUUGUGCGGUGAGUCACUGCUGGGCCGUAUUCCUUUCCAUUACCUGGACUUCUCCUUCUGCUCAACAAACUGUCUGCAAGCACAUCGGAAAGGGAAGACUAUCCAGUCUUAGCUCAGGCUGCAGGGAGAGGAGGAAGCGUGCUAUCAUGCCUUUACUGAGUAGCUGUUUCCAUUGCGUCCCCUCCACUGAAGAAGCUAACUAAGAAAACCACUGCCACUCAUCAGUGGUGCCUGUUCUUCCAUGAGGCAUCAAGUUCAAAUCGGGUGCUGUUACAAGCCCUUCCUGAGGUUGGCGCAUAAGCAGCCUUUUCAAUGUGAAAAAGUCCUGUUUUGAAAGAAAAGCCACUUCCUACUGUUAGCUCCAAAUACAGUAAAAUUAGGACAAUUUUCCUAUGGAUGUAUGCGCUGUGAUCACGUCACUGAAAAGAUGGCUGCUGGAAGUCUGGUUCUUUUGCCGUGUUGCGUUUUUAUAAUCUUAUCACUUUGCACAUUGCAAAACAUGAGUUUUGGGUCAGAAUAAAACUGUAGUCCUUUU